AUGGGAGUCCUACUAUCACUUCCAAUAGCCGCUUCGACGGCCGCAGCUUCCUUCUUUGCAUCGCUAGUAGGGUCACUGUCGUCAACAGCGUUGGUCUCGGCUUUCAAAUCGUUGAGCGGUGGUUCUAGCUCCUUAGCUACCAGGUUAAACUACGCAGUGCUACUUCUGAUAAAUUCACUGGUGUCUUGGGUAUCUAUGUCUUCAAACUACGCUUUUCUGUGGCGUGGCAAGUCGUGUACCUCAACAGGGGAAUGUGGGUUUUUUACGGUUCAUCGUCUUAACUUCUCAUUGGGCCUGUUGCACCUGCUGCUUUCGUCACUCAUGGUGAACGUAAAGUCGACCACAGAUGGUCGAGCUUCGUUGCAAAACUCAUGGUGGCCUGUGAAACUUCUUAUCUACGUUUUGCUCGUGGUGGUGUCAUUCACAAUCCCCAACGGCUUUUUCGUUUUCUUCUCCAAAUGGGUGUCUGUUCCAUCGGGAUCAUUGUUCAUUUUGAUCGGGCUGGUUCUUUUAGUCGACUUUGCCCACGAAUGGGCUGAGAAAUGCAUUCAGCACGUUGAAAUGGAGAACGAGAACUCUUCAAAAUGGCAGAAAUUCCUAGUCAUUGGUACUAGUGGCAUGUACGUGGGGUCUUUGGCCAUGACAAUCACAAUGUACAUCAUGUUCUGCCAAAGCAACUGCACAAUGAAUCAGGUAUCUGUGACAGUAAACUUGUUACUCAGCAUAAUCACAACAGGACUAUCAAUACAUCCGAAAGUUCAAGAGUACAAUCCCAAAUGUGGUUUGGCUCAGAGUAGUAUGGUGGCCAUCUACGGGACGUAUCUGACGAUGAGUGCGCUUGCUUCUGAGCCCGACGACCGGCAGUGCAACCCUUUCGUGAGAUCCGAUCGUACGCGUAAGUUCAGUGUUGUUCUUGGCUCUCUCUUCACAUUCGUGGCGAUAGCUUAUACCACAACUCGUGCUGCGGCUAAUUCUGCUUUCAACUCUAGCGGACAACAUGUCUAUCUCGAUGGCGACGACGAAAUAGCUUACGAAGGAAUAGGACAAAGCAGAACUCAGCUCCGGAUAGAAGCCAUUAGACAAGCCGUCGAGGAGGGUGUUUUGCCGGAAAGUGCACUCAACGACACAGCAUGGGCCAAUACCUCCCACGAAACAGGCGAAAAUGGUGAUGACGAGCGUAUCUCAACAAAGUACAACUACUCGUUGUUUCACAUUAUUUUUUUCUUGGCUACACAAUGGAUAGCUAUUCUACUUACCGUCAAUGUUACCAAAGACGAUGUAGGCGAUUUCAUUCCCGUGGGAAGGACCUAUUUUUAUUCGUGGGUUAAAAUAAUAAGUGCCUGGAUCUGCUAUGGUCUUUACGGCUGGACGUUGGUGGCACCAAUGGUUCUACCCGACAGGUUCGGGUAUGACGAAUAUUGA